CUGGGGUGGGGGGUGGGGGAGAGAGAGUUGGUGUGUUGCACGCUUGUCUCCCUUGCACAAAAGCCCCGGCCAAGCAAACUCUUGGAAAGCUCGGAGCAGGAGCCGGACGGCUACCGGGCUACAGCUGUCCUGGCGCUGCCAUUUGGUGCCCCAUUCGAACUGGAUACGUUGUUGCAACUGUGAAGGAACUCAACUCGCUUUUGUGGGAGCCUUAUUUUUGUUGUGCUUGUUUUUCGGGAGCGAUUCUCAUUUUCCUCCAACCUCGCCCCCCCCCCUUUCGCUCUCCCGAUCGGUUUUUUCCCCCCCUUGGGGGUAGAGGGGGAAACACAAGGGGGGGAAAAAGUAAAGGAAUAUGAUUGCUUCGUGGUUGACUUUCGCCUUUCUUUGUGGAACUUUCGGUGCAGGGCCAGGUCAUGGGGAGGCAGAGACGAGAGAAUGCGUCUACUACAAUGCCAACUGGGAGCAGGAGAAGACCAACCAGAGUGGCGUGGAACGCUGUGAAGGAGAGAAGGACAAAAGGCUUCAUUGCUAUGCUUCUUGGAGAAACAACUCUGGCUCCAUUGAGUUGGUGAAGAAGGGCUGCUGGUUAGAUGACUUCAACUGCUAUGACAGACAAGAAUGUGUCGCCACAGAAGAGAACCCUCAAGUGUUUUUCUGCUGCUGUGAGGGGAACUAUUGCAAUGAAAAAUUUACGCACUUACCUGAAGUAACUGGUCCAGAAGUAAUAUAUGAGCCACCACCACCGACACCCUCACUACUCAACAUUCUGGUUUACUCUCUGCUUCCAAUUGCUGUUCUGUCAAUGGCCAUUCUCUUGGCCUUCUGGAUGUACCGUCACCGAAAGCCCCCCUACGGGCAUGUGGACAUUAAUGAGGACCCUGGGCCACCACCCCCUUCUCCGCUGGUUGGCCUUAAGCCUUUGCAGUUACUGGAGAUCAAAGCUAGGGGGCGCUUUGGCUGUGUCUGGAAGGCUCAGCUGAUGAAUGACUAUGUAGCAGUGAAAAUCUUUCCCAUACAGGAUAAACAAUCCUGGCAGAGCGAGAGAGAAAUCUUCAGCACCCCUGGCAUGAAGCAUGAAAACCUUUUGCAGUUUAUUGCAGCAGAGAAGCGAGGAACAAACCUGGAGAUGGAACUAUGGCUGAUCACAGCUUUCCAUGACAAGGGCUCGCUGACAGAUUACCUGAAGGGGAAUAUUAUCAGCUGGAAUGAACUCUGCCAUGUUGCGGAAACAAUGGCCCGUGGACUUUCCUACCUACAUGAAGAUGUUCCCUGGUGUAAGGGGGAAGGACACAAACCUGCUAUAGCACAUAGGGACUUCAAGAGUAAAAAUGUGUUGUUGAAGAAUGACUUGACAGCAGUUCUCGCUGACUUUGGACUGGCUGUACGGUUUGAGCCUGGAAAGCCUCCAGGAGACACCCAUGGACAGGUGGGAACAAGGAGGUACAUGGCUCCUGAGGUUUUAGAGGGGGCAAUCAACUUCCAGCGAGAUGCCUUCCUCAGAAUAGACAUGUAUGCGAUGGGACUAGUACUGUGGGAGUUAAUCUCCAGGUGCACAGCAGCCGAUGGUCCAGUGGAUGAGUAUAUGCUGCCUUUUGAAGAGGAGAUAGGUCAGCAUCCAUCCCUGGAGGACCUGCAGGAAGUGGUGGUGCACAAAAAGAUACGACCUGCUUUCAAGGAUCACUGGCUGAAACACCCUGGUUUGGCACAGCUCUGUGUUACAAUUGAAGAAUGCUGGGAUCACGAUGCAGAGGCUCGGCUUUCAGCAGGCUGUGUCGAGGAGCGCAUUUCUCAGAUCCGCAAAUCGGUAAACGGCACUACCUCGGACUGCCUCGUUUCCAUCGUGACAUCUGUCACCAACGUGGACUUGCCACCCAAAGAGUCUAGUAUCUAAGUCCUGAUUCAUUUUUGUCUUUCCAGACUCAGUGGAUUUAAAAAAAAGUUUAAAAACCCAACAAACACAUGAAUGCAGCUGCUAUUUUAUCUUGACUUUUUAUUAUUAUUAUUAUUAUUGUUGUUGUUGUUUUGUUUUGUUUUGUUUUUUUUUUGAUUGGAUCAAUUUUACCAGCACAUUGCUCUACUGUAUUAAAAAAAAAAAAAAGACA